AUGUCGUCGGCAACGAAUAACGCAGAAGAUGCAGUAAAAUAUCAGGAAGAAUUAAAAAAUGCAUUGGAAGGAUUGGAAAGAUUUGAAAAAUUAGAAAGAUUAAGAGUAGAAAAUUGUUCAACAGGAAAAUUUGCAAAUGAUGCAAUUGUAGGACCUGAUCAGUUAUUAGGACAAGCAUUUGCAGAUGAAGACUAUGAAUAUGAAUUAAAAAUUGCAUUAGAAGGAUUGGAAAGAUCUGAAAAAUUAGAAAGAUUAGGAGUAGAAGAAUUUUCAACGAGAGAAUUUGUGGAUGAUGCAAUUAUAGGACCAGAUCAGUCAUCAGAACAAACAUUUGCAGAUGAAGUUGUGGAAGAAGAAAAAAAUUUAGAGGUUUUAACAGAGUCUAUACAAGAAGAUAAGACGCACUUUUUUCAACAAUCCCCGCAAAUAACACAAAAACAGAAUCAGCUGCCAUCCAAGAUAACUCUAGAACAAACAUUUCUAUUAAACUCCACUCAACUAUUUCAAGGACAAAAACUACCAGUACGGAGAAGGUUAUUUGAUAAUGUAACUCCACAGCUACCAAAAACGGAUCAACAGCAACAGAGUAAUGACACCCAACUGGAGCCUCUCAUGAAUAUUGAUGAAGAGCAACAACAACAAAAGCAAAAACAACAAUUGUAUAAGCUCCAAUCUAAUGAAAAACAACAGCAGACACAAACACAACUGUCACAGAUAGAUUACGAUGAAAUGCUAGAGAUCUUAAAAGAUUUUUUACAAGAACAUAAUACGGCUGUACAAGUACAAACUGAAACAACAAAGACAGUAGUGAAAGAAGCAAUAGCAGUCUAUGUAUCAGUGUGGUAG